AUGACUGGCCUUGACAUGGAAGCCAUCUUCGCGAAAAUUAAAGAGGAGUAUGCCAGGACAGACGAUGUGGGCAGACGGCAGAUACAGGGCCAUAUCCGUGAACUUCAGGUCGGCUUUUACUCGGACUGGGAUGUGGUCAUGCGAUUGAGCAGUGGACCCCUACAAGUCGCUCUCGCGAAGGUCGCCAUUGAUCUGGGCAUCUUCCGCAGCCUCAAGAAGAGCGAGACACCGAUUACGCUCGCGGAAUUUGUCAAGAAGACAGGCGCUUCUCCUAGACUCCUUGGUCGCAUACUACGGACCCAGGCCGCUUUUGGCCUGAUCAAGGAGACCGGCCCCCAAGAGUAUACCUCAAGUGCAUUUACUGAUGUGUUCGCGAACCCGGAUGCCGCAGGUGCGGUGGUGCAGCUAUUCGAUAUCUCGGGGCCUUGCACCCAGAUAUUGCCUGACUUCCUGGCCGAGAGAGAGUACCGAGAUAUCACCUCUAACAAGGACUGCGUCUUCCAAAAGGCCUUCGGCAGUGACCUGACCAUGUUUGAAUGGAUGCCACAGCACCCCAAGCACAUGGAAUCACUGGGUCAUUUAAUGGCUCUGGAGCGUCCCGUUUCCUGGGUCGACCACUUUCCUGUUCUCGAGGAGCUGGGUGAUUUCCCGGGUCCCAACAAGGUAUUAAUGGUUGAUGUUGGUGGAGGCUUUGGCCAGCAAUCAAAAGCCCUGCGUGGAAAAUUUCCCAACCUUUCUGGUCGCGUUAUCGUCCAGGAUAUUCCUCAAACUCUGGCCAACGCGCAGCCAGCGCCCGGGGUCGAGUUCAUGGAGCAUAACUUCUUCGAGCCACAGCCUAUUCAGAAUGCCAAGUUCUACUAUUUGCGUCAUGUCUUCCAUGAUUGGCCAGAUGAACAAUGCGUUCUCAUCCUGAAGCAGAUCAUUCACGCGAUGGGACCGGAGUCGCAGAUUUUGAUUGACGAGAUGGUGAUCCCCAGCACCGGGGUGCCUUGGCAAGCUGCAUUUACAGACCUGCUUAUGAUGAAUUCGCUCGGCGGAGUGGAGCGCACACGCGCCGAAUGGGACAGUUUGAUAGAGCAGGCGGGUCUGGAAAUUAUCCAGUCCAAGGUUUACGACAGUAAAGGGCAGGCCAUCCUGGCUGCUGUACCUAAAAGGACCUAG